GACCGGAGCCCCGCCCUCCCCCCGGUGCGGCCGUCGGGGCGCGGCGCGCAGUCGCAGCGGCGGCUCCCUCUGUGGAAGGGUCGCGCGCGGGGCUCGGCCUGCAACCGGGAAGAUGUCGCGCUACGGGCGUUACGAGACCAAGGUGUACGUGGGGAACCUGGGCACGGGCGCGGGCAAAGGCGAGCUGGAGAGAGCCUUCAGCUACUACGGGCCCCUGAGAACCGUGUGGAUCGCCAGGAACCCGCCGGGGUUUGCCUUCGUGGAGUUCGAAGACCCGAGGGAUGCUGAAGACGCUGUGCUCGGCCUCGAUGGGAAGAUAAUAUGUGGCUCCAGGGUUAGAGUGGAAGUGUCAACAGGGAUGCCUCGUCGCUCCCGUUACGACAGGCCUCCUGCGCGGCGCCCCUUUGACCCUAACGACAGAUGCUACGAGUGUGGUGAGAAAGGCCACUAUGCUUAUGAUUGUCACCGCUAUAGUCGCCGAAGGAGGAGCAGGUCCCGGUCUAGAUCCCGUUCGAGGUCCCGAGGAAGAAGGUAUUCUCGGUCACGCAGUCGGAGUCGUGGUAGGAGAUCAAGGUCAGCUUCCUACCGCAGGUCCAGAUCAAUCUCUCCUCGUAGGUACAGAUCGUUUUCACCCCGCAGAUCUCGGUCUGGUUCUUUAAGGAGAUCAAGAUCUAGGUCCAGAUCACGCUCAAGGUCCCGGUCUGUUGUAUGGCCUCGAAGCAGGUCUGGGUCCCAUGGUAGAUCUAAAUCUGGCUUACCUGCUAAAAGUCGCUCAAAGUCAAGAUCACCAUCUCCAAAGAGAAGGACAACAGAAAAUGUGGGCAAAUGAGAAUAACUAUCCUGAGGACCCUGAGGAAUUGAGAAUCUGGGAAGAAGUGAGUAAUGUAAGGUGUGGAGCAAACCAUGAAUACGUCGUAGGAUUAAAUUCCUGCUGGUGGCUCCUGACAGCUGGCUCUCACUCAGUUGCACAGCUGCCAAGUUUUGCUGUGCACUGUGAAGUAAGAAGCAAGUUUUCCCAUGUAACCAGAGAAGUACGUGCUGGAAUUUACCUAGUCUGAGACAGGGCUAGCCAUGAGGUACUAUACUGGAACUGCGUAGGUUCUGGCAGGGUAAGAAUUCCUCUGCACAGCUGGAGCGCAGGCUCCAAGGUGCUUUCUGAGCAGGUUUGAUGUCUCAUCUAGCUGUCGCAGCUGAUGUCUCUUAUUUUGCCUGCCCUUUUCAAGCUUAAAGCUGUCAUUACUAAAGGUGUAAAAUAUAGCACUUUUCUCAUUAUUCAUGAACUGGAAAUGAAAACAGCGUGGGGAGAAGCAUUAUGAGGCGGGGGGGGGGGCUCCUGAGCAGAGGAAACCUGGGGUAGCAGGCACAGUUUCUGUUGGUUUUGCUGUAGGAGUUGGUCUUAAU